GGUCCAACGUAUAUUCGGAUAAUUCGGAAACGGGCCGCCAAUAUCUUGUUGCAGAAUGGAUGCAACGGGCCUCAGGGCCCUAACCUCAUCAUCUCUUCACCUCCUCCGCCUCUCUUCCAAAGCUCCGCCUCCUCUCCCUUUCCGUCGCGUUUCCUCUCUCAGUCUGCGCUACGUGACCUCGUCUCAAAGGUGUCGAGCUCAUGGCUGCGGUGCUGCGGUGGCGCCACCCAGUGUUUCGUCGAAGAAGGAAUUUCUUCAAGUGGUGCUAAUGUCGCCGCAGAUUCCUGGAAACACAGGGUCCAUAGCUCGAACAUGUGCUGCUUCAGCUGUCAAACUGCACUUAAUUGAGCCACUGGGAUUUCAGGUUGAUGAUGUAAAGUUAAAGCGUGCAGGGCUUGAUUACUGGCCAUAUGUAGUUGUGAAGGUGCAUAGUUCAUGGCCAGAAUUUCGGGAGUACUUCAAGAAACAGGAAGGCGAAAAGAGGUUACUAGCAUUUACAAAGCGAGGGACAAAUAUCCACUCAGAAUUCACCUAUAGGAAAGGCGACUGGCUUGUAUUUGGAUCAGAGACUAGUGGGUUGCCUGCUGAAGCGCUGGAUGAUUGCACGAGUGAGCCAUUGGGGGGUGGCACUGUACGAAUUCCUAUGAUUGAAACCUAUGUGAGGUGUCUGAACCUAUCUGUGAGUGUUGGCAUUGCUCUGUAUGAAGCUUGUAGACAGCUCAACUACGAGCAGUUUCACAAUCCAUCCGAACCUUGUCUGGCGGAGACUUUGUUUUUAACUGAAGACAUGUUUGCUUAACUUCUUUGAAGUUUUUCAAUUUUUCUUCUUCUUAGUCAUUUUUGGAGUGUACAAUCUUGUUAGAAUAGGUAUUUGAGCUAUAAUUACUUUGGUUCUUGUAUGAUGUAUGUUCCAUUAUUUGAGAUGCGUUGAAGAGUCGGUGCCAAACUCUUAUUUUACAAGCUAA